GGCAAGGGCGUCGUGAGCUCUGCAUAAUGAAGCCUUCGAAAGAAUAUAAAAGGUGCGAGUUUCAUCAGUUCGUCACUUCAUCUUUGGUCUUCAUGAAAGAAAGAGUUGGAGGAUAACUUAAAGAACAAUGAAGAAUAUUGCACUGUUGUGUUUCCUUUUGGUGGCUUCAGCCUGUGUGCUUGGUACGUAUGAUAUGAAUGUAUUUAAUGUUUCUAAUGACUGUAUUGUGUGAAUCAAUUUUAAUUAAAAACCCAACCACUUAUCAAAGGUGCUUUUCCAGCCUCAGACCAUUUGUUAGUGCAUUAGUCUACCAAAUGAGAUACGUAGUCAAGUUGCCUCGCAACUGUUUUAAGGCAAAUACUAAAUUUGCAGACCCAAAUCUUGACCUCCGUACUGCGAACAACUUUGGCUUGAGAUAAUUUAUUUCAUUAUUUUCCCAACAAAGUUGCUCGCGCUGAUGAUGAGACAACAGCUGUCGAUUCUUCCAAGAUGGUGGAUCAGCAAGAGACACCUGAUGUGAUGGCUGACGAAGAACAAACGGAAGCUGACGAAGCUGAAACGAAAAACAACGAAGUCGAGACUGAAAGUGACGAAAAAGAGACGGAAGAUGACGGUGCGCAAGAAGAUGACGAUCCGCAAGAAGAAGACAGUGCGCAAGAAGACGAACAGUUCGAAGAAGAUGAAGGUAAACCAAUAUUUCUAAUAUUGCGAACGUUAUGGCUAUGUAGUUUUGAGAACUCAAUUUUAAUUGAAAGAGCCUGGUCAUUGAGAACAAAUUCUGUCCAAAUUAUGGAUAAUUCUUUCCAUCAGUAAGUAGAAAUGACACUAGCAGCACAACGUGCAUGCAGGGGCGAAAGUAGCACAUUUUAAAUAAGGGGUGUCUAGUAGAAUUGCCCUGCCAAAACCAAUGAUGACCUGCAGCCUGAAAACCCAGCACUAAUACAAUACAUCACUAAGCUACGUGUAUAAUUGAACUGCCGAUGCCAAUGUACAUGCAUACGCACUGCUUAUUGUUGCAAGCUGUAAAAAGUUACUUAAUAACUCUAUAUUCUAUCACUUAAAAUCUUUCUGAAAAUUAUCUGCUGUAAUUCAAGUCAAGAGAAAUUAGUAUAAAAUUUACACUCAAAAUUUCCAUUCGCAAAUCCUCCAACAUAUAAUACUAUUUAGUUCCACAACACUUACUGGAGUUUCCUUUCUUUCGAUACGACACUGCACAAAAAGCGUUUGAUAGCGCAGAAAAAUAUAGAGAAUAUAGUUAUGUAGCAAGGCUGAAUAAAUAAAUUAACAAACAAUUGAAAAAAUAUGCUUCUUUCUAUAGACGAAACAACCGAUAUCGCAGAUGAUGAGCCCGAGAAACGAGGUCAGUGUUUUUCCAUUGUUACCAUAUUAUAUUUCUAAAAUUAUUUUCUAAAUUUAGUCUCUUUGUUGAAAUAUUUGUUGAAAGGAUUAGUGAACCACAUGGUGAAUAGCAAGACAAAUAUGAAAAUAAAAAUUUUCCAGUGUGAUAUAGACAUUGAAUUUUCACCAAAAAAAAUUUUCAACUUUAAACAGAUAUCACACUUUUUUGUCCACAGUCAGAGUUACUAACAUGGAUUUUUGCAACUAAAUUGUAUUUCAGAUCUAAUUUUCUAAUUUGAUCUGAAAUAUAUAAAAUUGACGUACGAUGGGUCAACGUGGCUGAAGGAGUCAGUGAGUUCCAUUCUCGCAAUAUCCUUGUGAGGAACUUUAAUCCUUUGAGUAUCUCCAUUAGCAAGAACAGUAUUUUUGUAUUCAAUAUUCAAUUCAACCAUCAGUUCUCCUAACAACUAGGAAAGUGGUGUUUCUAAAUUAUUCUGAUUAGGUAAAAGCCCACUAGCAUCCUAAAGCUGUAUUAGACUCACACGAUUGUAAUCACAUGACCAGAUCAGUUUCCAUAGUUCCAAAUCACCAAUGCUUGUUUAGCUAUCAUCCUCUGUUUCUAUUUUCUGACCUCAACAACAUUGACACAAGGCUUAAUAAAGCUUUAUUUGUAAGAAUUCCCUACAAUGUGGUUUAUAUAUUCAGGUUGGGCAUGCAGACGAUACAGGAAAGGUAGACGUUGGUGUAAGGCAUGUGGAUGCCGCCGUGUAUGCAAAGCCAAAGUGUGCCAUCGACGUGUCUGCAGACGAGUGAGAUGUACCAGGAGAGUAUGCCGUAGGGUGAUCAAAUACAGAAUCGUUAGAUACAAAUACCGCAACCCUCAUUACUACGGAUAUGGGAGACGUCGUUACUUGUGGAGAAUCAAAAAGAUUCCAUACAGAGUUCUCGUCUGCAAACGUGUGCGAAGUUUCUGCACAAAAUGUUACAACCGACGUUAUCAUUGCGGUCGUGUUUGCAGAAAUGUGUGCAGAUACAGAAAGGUAAGUAAUGUGUUAAUGAAUGCUUAAAUCUUUCUCCUAUUCCACAUAGUGGCCUAGUAUGUGCAUGAACUACUGUCGUUGGAUAUUUGAACCCAAAGGUGGAGAUGCUCUAAAAAAGGAGAGUCUCAUAUUCGAUCCUGUGCGUGUAUGUGUUCAUGUGAGGGGGAUGAGAGAUGCGGUCAAUAGUUCCAUUAUUUGCAGCUAAUAUGACGGCCGCAAUUCAUGAGAGAUUUGAUUUCGACUAAACGUGUCUGAUUGAUCAACAAUAUAGCUAGCGCCGUAGUGGGAAUCAAGAGUCUUAAUAUUUCCUUGUAAUACGUUCCAGAAAAUUUUUUUCCCAUCUGAAUAUUUACGGAUGGUCCUCCGUGCUAAAUUCUCUCAAGUCGUUUGUUCGUAAUAUAUAUAAUGGAAGGAAGUUCAACCAGGAAUGAAGUUAAACUUAUUGUACAAUAGUAUCAUCUUUGAACCCCUUGCGAAACGUAUAUUUACCAUUACGUAUAAUUCUAAAUAUUUUAACUACUGUAUGGCUUUCUGUUAAAUUAUUUGCUAUUUUUUCUAGUGCCGAGCAUCCUACUACGGAUAAACUACGUCAUACCUACAAGAAUACCUGGCUAAGAAAGGAUAUAUCUCCAAGUAGAUAACUCCAAAUUUACUAGAAAUACAACAUGUAGUUAAAAGAUGUGAACAUUUCUCGGAAUUCUCUUUUUAAAAAUAAACUUAGUUUGCAAAUUACGUGUGAUUUUCAUU